AUGCCAUCACAAAGAAAAACAACGGCCCCUAGUCCCCAGCAGGCCUUAAGUGGUCAAGGGGUGCCAAGAAUCCCUGGGAAGUAUGAAAUAGCGGAGGGAUGUUGCAGAAAAAUUCAGAAUGGCCCCUCUAUGGUACUUAGACUUGGAACGCUCAAUGUUGGAUCACUGACUGGCCGCAGCAUGGAAAUCGCAGAAAUGCUCGAGCGUAAAAAGAUUGACAUCUGUUGCCUUCAGGAAAUCCGAUGGAAAUCGAAUGGUGUCUGUCAUGUCAACUCAGACAAAGAAAAAUAUAAACUAAUUUGGAAUGGUCAAAAGACGGCCAAAAAUGGUGUUGGAAUUUUUGUCAGAGAACCGCUAGUCCAAGAAGUACUAGAUAUUAAAAGGAUUAAUUCACGCGAUCUCAAUGGCCACGUUGGAAAGAAAACAGAUGGUUUUGACAACGUACAUGGCGGUUUUGGCUAUAGAGAACGGAAUGAAGAUGGCAACCGCAUCCUUGAGUUUGCUGAAAGUCACGGGUUUUGUUUACUGAACACAUAUUUUAGAAAAAGCAGUAUUUGCCAACAUUUUCAGGAUAGUGACGGAAACCCACUUCUAGUUCACUGGGAUGGGAAGAUCAUGAAUGAUGCGACAAACACUGAUAAUCCACACUCCAGAACUGAUAGAGUGGCUUUUAUCACUACUGAGUGCAUAUGUACUACACCUCGUAUGCUGCCGAUGUUAGAAUACGGGGCCCAACCAACUGAAAUGAUGUUUGAAACUGGCAAGAUAUGCUGCACAAUUAGCGGUUCAAGUAUUAUAGCUUUCUGA